CACGUUUAUUUAUUUGUAUUUUUCAUGAAUGGAUCAAAAGCAAGUUGAUAAAACUGAUCAGUUUAAAACUCUGCUUAUCUUGUGUUUUGAUUAACACUAUUUUGAUACAAAAUCCUCCCUGUUACUCUUUAUUAUUGCCUAUCACGUGACUGUGGGCGUCUGCUCAAGGCACGCCCAGGUCACGUGAAGCUCAUCAACCAGCCAAUCCUGAGCGAGGACUGAAUCCAGCUGAAAGUGAACCACAACAGUGUGCACAUUUUUCCUAAUGAUGCACAGCGGCUUCUCCCACCGAACACAAACUCGUAUACGGGGCCUGGCCCCUAGCUGGCCCUGGAUUUUACGUGAGUUUCGGGUCCUGUUAAGGUGUGUGUGGGGGGGAGCGGCGGGCUUCGUGAUGCGAGCUUAGGGGCUGACACCAGCUGCUUCCGAGCGGCCGCCGGUCGCACCAUGGCUCCGUCCCUCAUCCGAGCCUGCCGCAGUCUGGCUCUCUCGACGUGGCUGCUGUCGUUCUGCUUCGUCCACCUGCUCUGCCUGGACUUCACAGUGGCGGAGAAGGAGGAGUGGUACACGGCUUUUGUCAACAUCACCUAUCUGGACCCGGGCGCCAUGGAGAUUAAAACAGAGAAGACGGAGUGCGGUCGCUACGGCGAGCACUCGCCCAAGAGGGAAGCCCGGGGACAGGUGCUGCUCCCGGCCCUCCAGCAGGACAGACAGGCGUGCGACGCGGGCGUCAGGUUCUCGCCCGCGCCGCAGAUGCAGAGCACCGCCUGGGUGGCGCUCGUGGCCGCCGGGAACUGCACGGACCGGGAGAAAAUCCGGAACGUCGCAAGUCGCAACGCGUCCGCCGUCGUCAUAUACAAUAGUGCCAACGACACCAUAACAAUGUCCCAUUCAGACUCAGACAACAUCGUAGCCAUCAUGAUCCCCGAGCCUAAAGGCCGUGAGAUCGUGGCCUUGCUGGAGCGGCACAUUAUGGUCACGAUGCACAUCACCGUGGGAACCCGCAACCUGCAGAAGUACGUGAGCCGAACAUCGGUGGUGUUUGUCUCCAUCUCCUUCAUCGUCCUCAUGAUCAUCUCUCUGGCCUGGCUCGUCUUCUACUACAUCCAGAGGUUCCGCUAUGCCAAUGCACGAGACCGCAACCAGAGGCGCCUGGGAGACGCUGCUAAAAAGGCCAUCAGUAAACUUCAAGUGCGCACCUUAAAGAAAGGAGACAAGGAAACUGAGUCGGACUUUGACAACUGUGCUGUCUGCAUUGAAGGUUAUAAACCUAAUGAUGUUGUGAGGAUUUUGCCAUGCAGACAUGUCUUCCAUAAGCACUGCGUAGAUCCAUGGCUACACGACCACCGAACAUGUCCAAUGUGCAAGAUGAACAUCCUCAAAGCCCUGGGAAUCCCAUUCAAUGCAGACUGCACAGAUGAGACUCCUCCGGACUACGAGGCUGUGGGCGGUCCUCUCAGUGCUGCGAGUGACAUCACAGUUAACGAGAGCUCGCUGGUGCUGGACCCUGCAGGACGAGUGCUGGACCUGCAGCAGCUGCAUCACGAUACAGAAAUGCCACCGCAGGCAGGGCAGAGCCAUGUCAUGCUGAGCAGUGAGUACCAGCCUCCACCCAGGAGUGAUUCAGACACUUCUGUGAUCAUGAGCAUGGACGUCAGCAUGUUUGAAGCAGACCUGUCCAUAGAGCAGGAGCGGGAUGGCACCAAGUCCAGAGCCAAUCAGUGCUGAGAGAAGCGUUCUGGGAUAAGAAGAUGAAAACAGAACUGAGUUAUCAGAGGAGUUUGAAUCUGUAGCUGAUUUGGAGAUGAUAAAAAAGUAAAAUAACAGCACAAAACCAGUUUCACUGACUCCAAACAGAUUUGUCGCUGCGACUGCAGUGUAAACACAAAAUCUGCUCUUGUCCUUCAAAGUACUGUGUGAAGACGCUGGAGUCUGUGAUGAAAGCCAACGUUUGUCUCUGCUGAUGGACAACACAUGGGAGCAGCAGGGCCUGUGUAACGCAUGUGUGCAGCUUUAACCAGCAUGACAACACAUAUAGGUGUCACAGUACUUGGAACAAGAUCACUGCCAACAAUUCCCCAGGUUUUACUGCUGCAAUGGAUACCUAUACAGUUUAUUGGUUUUAGAUGGUAGCAAGCAGUUAAUGAGUUUGAACAUAUAAGCACACGUUACGCUGUAAUAUUUCAAUGUGUAGAUGUCUCUGUUGUUGAUCGGACAUUGAAAUGUUUUGCUUUAGUUACUGAAAAUGCUUUUUGUGGACAAAACGAAGUCGAUAUCGGUGUCCUCACAUCUGACAAUCGUUGCUUAUCUUAAGCGGUUUGAAGUGAUGUCACCUGUUGCCCUACUGAACCUGCUGAUAAUUAUCACCAAACAUUAGCACAACACAUGACACAAAGAGCCCCUACAGGUCAUGUUCACACUGCUGUGACUGUGUUCACACCAUCACUGUUAGGUUCUGACAAUUUAAUUUUGCACACAAACCAGCUGGAGAUCAUGUUCAUGUCUUUGUGCCAAGCUUGUCUGUUCCAUUUGAAAAAAGGUUUGGUUUUUUUAUGUAAACCGGUUUGUUUAACUGAUUGUCAGGGGAGAUUGGCUUGAAUUCUUUCAGGAAAUAAGAUCUAAGAAAAAAGCUGAUGGCACAGGAUUAAAUAGUUCAUGUCUGCUGGAGGGGGAAAUUAAGGUAUUUAGUUUUAUAGAAGGCGAUGUGUGUAUUCGUGGUGUCUUGUUUGAGAAAUUUGAUAUUCCAGUUGCAUCUUUAAAGCCUUAAAAGUCCCAUAUGAGGCUCUGUAGUAAAACCUGAGUCAACAGAGUGAGUGGACCACCCGUUGGUUAUGGUUUCACAAUAUUACUGAUUAUAAAUCAUAUUAAUAUUGAAGCCUGUCCACAUGGAGCAGGGUAAUGUUAAAAAAAUGUCAGUGUCCUGUAGCUCCUUGAAUGACCCAAAGACUGAAUAUUAUAAUUCUGGACCCAAUACAGGAUCUCAUAUAUGCUGGAAAUAAACCAGUGUUCUUACAUGAUCCCAAUGCAAGUUUUCAGUCCCUCUCCUUUGAUGCAAACAAGGGAAACUUUGUUGUAGUACUUCUAGUUCUUUUUUUGUAAUGUGUUUACUUUUAUCAUCUAGCUGUCCAGAGUUUGAUCAGCAGCAUUAGUUUGCUCAUACAUUCCUGUGAGACUGAACAGCGAAGAAGCACAGAACCUCCCAAAGUGACCGACUCUCUUAUCUGCAGCCACUGUUUACACGUCUGUGUGGGUCUGUCACUACGUGUUGCACUUUUUCACAAACAUUCGGUCAUUAUUUCUCUGCGUAAAUGCUUUUUUUAACCGUCUGCAUGGGUUUGACUGGGCAUGUAAGUUAUUUUAGCUCAUAAAGUAAAACAAUUGAAAGAUUUCAACAGCAGCCAUGUUUUACUGACUGACUGCCUCCACUCAAGAACGGAUGUUUGGAUUUCUGUUGCUGUUAAACCAGCACCUCUACAUGUUGCACACAAGUUCAGCAUCACUGAGAUGUUUGAGGGCAUUCAGAAGGACUUCACCAGUGUCUCUGUUAUCCAUGUUCUUUGUGAGAGCUUGGUAAAGAGUUUUUAAAAUGUUGGAUUCUUCUUAAAUGUUUUAACUUUUUGUAAUGAUAAGAAAGUGACCAUAAAUGUGAUUCGCUUAUGUGCUCAAGUGUCUGCUGACCUAAGAGUUCCUAUUUGUCUUGUUUUUUUUUUUUGUUGUUGUUUGUUUGUUUUUGUUUUUUGCUCAUAUCUUACCUCUGUCUUAUAAUAAUGCACAAAAUGCCCUUCAGACUGUUUGGUUUUUGGCAUAUAAACAAAAUAAAACAGUACGGUAUAUCUACAGAAGAAAACUGAAAUUGUCAUUAAGGUAGGACGGUUCUCUUAGUUUUUCUUUAAAAAAACAUAAUUACCAACCUUUCUAUGACACAAAAUACCUUUAACUAUAGAGCUAAUCAAGCCUAUUGUUAGGCGAUGGCCCUCUUUUG